CCGAGGAGGAAGCCGGCCGAGACGAGGAAGAGGACGCGGCUCAGGCCAUGGAGCGGGCGGAGGCGGGGGAGGCAGGCGGCUCGCCCGGUGCGCCCGGGCCUGAGGAGCCCCGCGGCCUCACUUGGUGUAAAUAAGAAGGGCGGGGCGGGCGGAGGCCAGAGGCGGCGGUGGCCGUUGGGGUGCGACGGUCCCCGCCUCGCUCUGGUCCUUUCGUUUUCCCGGCUUGAUGGAAAGAGCUGUUCUCCGCUACCUGGUGUUUUACGGUCAAGAUCGCGAAAGGAUGGCUUCGCCUAAUAGGACUAGGUGGUGUCAGAAGGAAGUUCUUCAUCCAGAGUCAUAGUCCAUGUGGAUCUGGAUUGCUUUUACGCACAAGUAGAAAUGAUUUCAAAUCCGGAAUUGAAGGACAAACCUUUAGGUGUUCAGCAGAAAUAUUUGGUGGUUACCUGCAACUAUGAAGCUAGGAAACUUGGAGUUAAGAAACUUAUGAAUGUCAGAGAUGCAAAAGAAAAAUGUCCACAACUGGUAUUAGUUAAUGGAGAAGACUUGACUCGCUACAGAGAGAUGUCAUAUAAGGUUACAGAGUUGUUGGAAGAAUUUAGUCCAGUUGUUGAGAGACUCGGAUUUGAUGAAAAUUUUGUGGAUCUAACAGAAAUGGUCGAGAAGAGACUGCAGCAGCUUCAAAGUGAUGAACUUUCAGCACUGACUGUGUCGGGUCAUGUAUAUAAUAAUCAGUGUAUAAACCUGCAUGACAUCAUGCACAUCAGACUGCUUGUUGGAUCUCAGAUUGCAGCAGAGAUGCGGGAAGCCAUGUAUAACCAACUGGGUCUCACUGGCUGUGCUGGCGUGGCUUCUAAUAAGCUACUAGCAAAAUUAGUUUCUGGUGUUUUUAAACCAAAUCAGCAAACAGUGUUAUUACCUCAGAGUUCUCAAGUUCUUAUUCAGAGUUUGAGCCAUGUAAAGGAAAUGCCUGGUAUUGGCUAUAAAACUGCCAAACGUCUUGAAGCGCUGGGUAUCAGUAGUGUGCAUGAUCUUCAAACCUUUUCACCCAAAAUACUAGAAAAGGAGUUAGGAAUUUCAGUUGCUCAGCGUAUCCAGAAGCUCAGUUUUGGAGAGGAUACUUCUCCUGUGACGCCCUCAGGACCGCCUCAGUCCUUUAGUGAAGAAGAUUCAUUUAAAAAAUGUUCAUCUGAAGUCGAAGCUAAAAAUAAGAUUGAAGAACUACUUGCCAGUCUUUUGAACAGAGUAUGCCAAGACGGAAGGAAGCCACAUACAAUCAGAUUAACAAUCCGUCGGUAUUCAUCUGAGAAUCACUGUAGCCGUGAGAGUCGUCAGUGCCCUAUUCCAUCGCAUGUAAUUCAGAAGUUAGGGACAGGAAAUUGCGAUGUGAUGACCCCAAUGGUUGAUAUACUUAUGAAACUUUUUCGAAAUAUGGUGAAUGUGAAGAUGCCAUUUCAUCUUACCCUUCUAAGUGUGUGCCUCUGCAACCUUAAAGUAUUAAAUACUGCUAAGAAAGGGACUAUUGAUUAUUAUUUAACACCAUCGUUAUCAACAACUUCACGGUCUGGCAAGCGCAGUUUUAAAAUGAAAGAUAGUCAUAUGGAGGAUUUUUCCAAAGACAAAGAAACAAAUUGGAAUUUUCUACCAUCAGGAAGAAUUGAAAGUACAAGAACUGGGGAGGCUCCACUAGAUCCUAAUUUUUCCAAAGAAAAAGACAGUGAUGAAUCCCCACUCUGCUCACUUCCUGAAGGUAUUGACCAAGAAGUCUUUAAACAGCUUCCAGUAGAUAUUCAAGAAGAAAUCCUUUCUGGAAAAUCUGGAGAAAAAGUUCAAGGCAAAGGAAGCUUAAGUUGUCCAUUACAUGCCUCUAGAGGAGUAUUAUCUUUCUUUUCUACCAAACAAAUGCAAAGUAGUCCCUUAAAUCCUACAGAUCAUUUAUCCAGUAGUAAACAGAUACCUGUAUCUCCCUGUGAACCAGGAACAUCAGGUUUAAAUAGCAGUAGUUCUUCUUCUCCAUGUAGCCAAAAGGAUUAUUCACAUUAUAUAGACAGUAGAUUAAAAGAUGAACGAAUGAGUCAAGGACCUAAAGAAUCCCAAGGAUUUCAUUUUUCAAAUACAAACCCUACUGUAUCUAUUUUCCAUUCAUUUCCAAAUUUGCAGAGUGAGCAACUAUUCUCCAAAAACCGCACUACAGAUAGCCAUAAGGAAUCAGUAGUAACAGUCUCUCAUCAUGAAAGACUUACAGAAAAUAAAGAGCAAGAUUCUAGUGAUGAGAAAAUUACCUUUCCUUCUGACAUUGAUCCUGAAGUUUUCUAUGAAUUACCAGAAGAGGUACAAAAAGAGCUGUUAGCAGACUGGAAGAGAGCAGCAUCAGAUUUCCCCAUUGUACAUAAAUAAGCAUGUUCAGAAAAAAGGUCUAGAAAGCAAAGGAAAGGCCAUUGUUCUCAGAUUUAGCAGUUUAUUAAGCUCCUCUAAAUUAAACACUAAUAGAUAUUCAAUAAUGUAGAAUCCAAUAUACAAUGUUCUAGAUAAAAGCAAGUGUAGUUUUGGGAAGUAAAUUCUGGCACAAAGCGUAAAAAUACUCAUAACAAGAAAUAAUGUAAAAUUAUCCUCUUAUUUCUAAAGUUAUUUUAUAUUGCUUUUCAAUAAAAAGAAUAUCAUGGUUACUACAUUUCCCAUAAAUGGGGGAGAGGGGAAGAUACAUACACCUGUGUGUAGAAACAAAUAGACUAGCCAAAUCAUUGCUAUGACAUAGCAAAGAAUCGUUUUUUUCUGUGAAAUAUGGAAUGUCUCAAGAAAUUCAGCCCAUUAGGAAACUUCCAAAUAAGAAAUUCUGCUGCCAACUAUUAAAAACACAGAUCUCUUUGAAGUACUCUGUACCAUUUAAUACGUUUUUAAAAAAAUACCAAAGCAGUGUAUGUCCUAUUAAUGCUUUUGAGUACACCAGAGCCUACUGCAGUGCCUAGUACACGGAAAGCACUCCGUAAUUAUUGAAUGAAUGGUGUGGCAGGGGCCAGGUGGGAGUUUGGGCAGGAUAGUGUACAUGUUGUAGAGAACUAGAAAGAACUCUCCAUCCAGGUAGAUUAAGGGAAGGAUGGACACUAGAAAGGCAACGUAAUAGGUUUUUAAGAAGGCUGGGUAAUUGGGUGCCCAGGUGGCUCAGUUGGUUAAGCGGCUCAGGUCAUGGUCCCAGAGUCCUGGGCUCAAACCCUGCAUGGGGCUCUUUGCUCAGCAGAGAGCCUGUUUCUCCCUGCUGCUCUGCCUACUUGUGCUCUGUCUCUAUCUCUGUCAAAUAAAUAAAUAUAUAUAUUUUAAAAAGAUGCUGGAUAAUGGGAAAAGUCCCAUUUCCUUCUGGCUAGUCUUUGUAGGGUUUUAAAGUAAUGAUUAGAUGUUUUUGUAUCUUCUUAUUUUGGGAGAUCAGAUUAAGGAUAUCAUAUCCACAACAAAUAUACAAAAUUACUACAUCGAUAGGUGUUCUCUUUUUCCCAUUGUUAAUUGCCUUCCCCUUUUGCCUGCAAGGUUAAAAAUUGGGAAUAAGAUUGUGGACAUCUUACAAUUUUUAAGAUGUAAAUUUCUAGAACACAUCGAAGUACACCACAGUACUGAUUCAGAAGAGUCCUGUUCUCAAGUUUAUAACCUUUGCAGAUACAAUCUAAAGAAAAGAUAAUAAAAAUAAGGUAUACAAAUGUGAAUAAAGAGUAAUGGAAAGGGGUUUCUGGGUGGCUCUGUGGGUUAAAUUAAAGCCUCUGCCUUCUGCUCAGGUUAUGAUCCUGGGGUCCUGGGAUUGAGCCCUGCAUCAGGCUCCCUGGAGCCUGCUCCCAGCCCCCCUCUCUGCUUGCCUCUCUUCCUACUUGUGAUCUCUGUCAAAUAAAUAAAUAAAAUUAAAAAAAAAAAAGUAAUGAAAAGAUACUUUCUUUUAGGUAAGAAGUUUUAACUUAGUUUUAGAUUUCUUGAAAUUUUCAAUUUCCUGAGGAUUUUAAGAGUUUGGGGUUAUCAAAAACAAUAACUUAGAGCAAGAACAUCAAAACUGAUUCAUAUGCAAAUAUUUAGUACCCUGGAUCAAGGAGUAUGGAAUUUUCUACAGGUAGUAUACUGGUAAGGUUGUUAAGCUGGUAAAAAGGAUAUAUUAUUUUUUUAGAUAAUACAUUUUUUAACAUUUUCUAAUAAUCCUUGUAUUAUUUCAGCCAGAAAUUAUUAAACAGCUAGAAAGGUUUUAAAAAAAGGUUAAGAGUAAGGCACUGCAGUAGGCUCUGGUGUACUCAACAGUUUUGGCCAGUUUAAAAAGGGAAUAAAAUAGUAGUUAAAAGUACAUUUUUUGAAGUGAGCAUGCGGUGGAUAUUAUCACAGCCUUGUUACUUAUUCUGUGGCUUUAACUUAGCCUUUCAACAUCUUCGUGCCUCUGCACUCUGACUUUUUAGUCUAUAUUUCCAUAUCCUUUUAAUCCUUGUUUUUUUUUUUUUCUAUGGUGUUCUACAGAUUUACUCUAAUGUUUGCAGAUGUGUAUUUCCUUUUUAUCCUCAGUAUAUGCUGGCUCCUGUUUCUUUCAAUUCACGUUAUUUCUGUAAAACAUUUGGCCACUAGGAUUGCACAAAUGAUGGACUUCUUAUUACAUCCUUCAUGACCCUUAAUCUCACAGUUUUUGUCAUCUUGUUUAUCUGCUGCAUUUUGGUUAAUCUCAUCAGCUCUCUCAUUCAUUAGCUUGUUUUUCAGCAUUAUCUGGUCUACUGUUUAAAAUACUAAUGAUGGGGGGCACCUGGGUGGCUCAGUGGGUUAAAGCCUCUGCUUUCGGCUCAGGUCAUGAUCCCAGGGUCCUGGGAUCGAGCCCCACAUCGGGCUCUCUGCUCUGCAGGGAGCCUGCUUCCUCUCUCUCUGCCUGCCUCUCUGCCUACUUGUGAUCUCUGUCAGAUAAAUAAAGAAAAAAAUCUUAAAAAAAUAAAAUAAAAUACUAAUGAUGGUUUUAAUUUUAAUAAUUAUAUUUUUCAUCUGAUUCUUUUUCUAAUCUUCCCAUUUAUUCAUUAUAGCCUUUUAUAAGUCUUUCUAAUUUUUAAAAACUCAUAUAACUAUUUUAUAUUCUAUUUUUGAUAAUUUCAAUAUUUUAAAUCUUUUUUAAGUCUGAGUUUUUGGAUAUUGUUGUGUACCUGUUGAUUAGCCUGUUUCCUUGAGUCUGUGGCCGAGCUUAGUCUGUGGGAAGAUGAAGGACCAAAACUGUGCGGUGCUUCCCUCCAGAUAGGAUUUGCAUUUGCUUCCAGUGAGUCAGCAUGAACCCAUUUGGUAUCACUGUAGCCCCUGAAGGUCCUUGCUGAAUGCAGUUGUUUUAGUUUGUCUUAUUCUCAGCUCCCUGACCUUGCUACUGUCCUAAGGUUUUGUCUCCAAAUGUUUAUUGCAGGCAUAUGCUGUCAGGGAGAACCCCAUCUUUCAAGUUUGCUUUUUGCCUGAUGCUUCCUGUUCCUUUCCUGCUUUUGUUUCAGCUCAAUUUUUCCCCCCCGUGACUGUAGGGGAUUGGGGCCUGGAGAUUUCCCUUAUAUAGUUCAACCCACAAUGAAUUAAAAAGUCUUUUCUCUGGAAUCUAGUAUUUUGUAUUGAAGGAACUCUUAAUAAGAGUAUUUGUCCCACCAUAGUGCAGAAGCGCAAAUCUGUUUGGAUUUAUUUUUUCCAUAUUAUUUGUGCUUCCUGUUUUUCUCUCUUUCUAUGCUAUGAUUCUUUCCCACCCUUUUUCUUAUCUUGGUUUUAGAUUACUUGAAUUUUUUCAAUAAAUUUUCCCUUGACUGAUUUGAGAUGUAGACAUUCUAAGUACUCUCGAUUAACCUUAAAAAUUGAACAUGCCUAACAUCCAAAAAUGGUAAAUAGAUGUACCUUCUCCCAAACAAGAUAAAGAUGUUAAAAUAUGUUAAUUUUAAUUCCUCUAGUUCUUUAUUAACCUCCAAUUGGAUUUAUUAGUAUUUUAUAGAGUUAAUGUUUAGGUUUGUGAACAUGAUUAUCUUUUUUUUCUGCUCACCUUUUUUACUUGCAUCUCAUAUAUUCAUUCCUUCCAAGUAGAAUUCACUUUCUGGAACUAUGUCUUCAAAACUGCGAUUUUUGAGCUGACGUCUUUGGACUGUUUUAAGAUAUUCACUGUUAUCUUUGGAGAGCUGCAGUUUUUAUUACAUGUCUAGUUACGUAUUUGUUCUUAUGAUGGUUGGGAUUUAGGUACUUCCUGAAUCUGCAGGUGUAUGCCUUCAUCAAAUCUGGGUUAAUUUCAAUAUUUAAAAAUAUUUUAUUGUGAAGUUUUUAUGCAGAAAAGUGCGUAAGUAAGUUAAUGGGUAAUCAUAAGCAAAAAUUAUGUAACUAGGUCAAGAAAUAAAACAUUCCAAGUGAUCGGGAA